AUGUCUUACCAGCAGCAGCAGUGCAAGCAGCCUUGCCCGCCACCUCCUGUGUUCAUACCUAAGUGCCCUGAGCCAUGCCCCCCACCAAAGUGCCCUGAGCCGUGCCCACCUCUGAAGUGCCCUGAGCCUUGCCCACCUCUGAAGUGUCCUCAGAAAUGCCCUCCUGUGCAACCGUGCCCACCCUGCCAGAAGUGUCCACCCAAGUGGAAGUAA